CUGUCAAACACUGGAAUUACAUUAGCGCGGCACUAACGUAAACGCGGAAGUGGAAAUAUCUCAUUCGGUGACACGCGUCCACGCGGUUAAUGUGCACACUUUGCAACAAACGGACGCGUAUAGAAAUAUAAAAAAGUCGUUUAAAAUCAUUUCUGUUGCUUUCAUAUAGCGGUUAACGUAAAAGACGUGCCGUUUCCUCAUGCCGUAAAGCGGCGUGCCGUAUUGUUGUUGUCAGGAUCCGCACCUGCUCCAGGAUGCGCUCCUUUAACUGGGCCGUUUUGGCCUUUUUGCUACCGUUUGUCGCCAAGUACGAAACGUUCGCCCUCCAGGACGUGACGGCCGACCUUUUCGGUGCCAAAAACAACGGCACGCUGGCGGCGUUUGGGGACUUUAACGCCGACAAACAGACGGACAUCUUCAUCAUCAGGGAACAGUCUGAGCUGUUGAUCUUCCUGGCGGACUCCAAAGCACCGUACUUCAAGCCCAGGGUUAACAUCUCCAAAGGCAUUCUGCCAAGUGACACCGUCCUCACCAGUGUGGUGCCCGGCGACUACGACGGGGACUCCCAGAUGGACGUUCUCCUCACCUCGCAGAUGAGCCUGACGGACUCUUCGGUUUUCAUCUUUUGGGGCGACAACCAGACAUUAGACACAGUUGGUUGGAUCAAGCUGAACAAGACCUUCAAGGAUCAGCCUCUGGUCAUGGACUUCAAUGGCGACAUGAUCCCAGACAUAUUCGGAGUCACAGACCAGGCCACCACAGAAUAUUGCUCCCUCGUCAACAGGAACGUGUUGUGUCAGAGAGCUCUGACUUCAGACGUCAACAUGCGGGUCCCGCACGCCAACGCCUUCAUUGACCUCAACAAGGACUUGACCGCCGAUUUAUUCCUGACAACCGAGGGCCCCAAGUUUGAGACCUGGAUCAGCAAGGAUGGCAACUUCACCCGAGCAGAUGUCCUCCCUGAAGAUCCUCCCGUGCCCAACGUGGGCCAGUCCUCCUUUGCUGAUUUCGAUGGUGACGGCUACCAGGACCACCUCCUCCCCGUCUGCUUGGACGAGGCCUGCCAACACAGCGCCAUCUACCUGGCCAAGUCUGGCUCCAAGGAGUGGGUCUCCGUGCUGUCAGACUUCCAGCAGAAGGGAACACUGUGGAGUUUCGUGCCAGGGAAGCCCAGCCAGCCUCUGGCCCUCCACCUGGGGGACUACAACCUGGACGGCUUCCCGGACGCUCUGGUGGUCCUGAGGAACACCAGCGGCAGCGGGCAGCAGCAGGCUUUCCUCCUGGAGAAUGUUCCGUGCACGUCUGCCAGCUGCCAGACCGUGGGCAGGAUCUUCCACGUCCACUGGGACCAGCCAGACCUGGGCAACAUCCCCAACGCCAUCAUGGCCACCUUCUUUGACAUCUACGAGGACGGUAUAUUGGACAUGCUGGUGGUGAGUCAAGCAGAGGCCAGGAGAGACUUUAUGAUCCACGCUCUGAAGAACAACUAUGAAGCCGACGCCUACUUUGUGAAAGUGAUGGUGCUCAGCGGCCUUUGUUCCAACGCCUGCCCGAAUAACAUCAAGCCGCUGGGAGUGAACCAGCCAGGUCCGUACGUCAUGUACACCACGCUGGACUCCAACGGCAAGCUGAAGAACGCCUCAGCCGGUCAACUGAGUCAGUCGGCCCACUUCUCCCUCCAGCUGCCCUACACCGUGCUGGGUCUGGGACGCAGCGCCAACUUCCUGGACCACCUGGUGGUGGGCAUCCCUCACAGGCCCGGGGAGAUGGAGUCCCGGAAGAAGGAAUGGACGGCCAUCAUCCCCAACUCUCAGCUCAUUGUCAUCCCUUAUCCACAUGACCAGCCCAGCAGUUGGAGUGCCAAGCUGUACCUGACGCCCAGUAACAGCGUGCUGCUGACCGCCAUCGCCCUCAUCGGGGUGUGCGUCUUCAUCCUCGUCAUCAUCGGCAUCCUCCACUGGCAAGAGAAGAAAGCAGACGACCGCGAGAAGAGACAGGAAGCACAUCGCUUCCAUUUUGACGCCAUGUGACCCAGCAGUGUUGCAUCAUGGGAGAUGCCCCCCCCCCCCCCCAACUCUUCUCCUGCUCCCUUCUUUUGUGCCCCCUAACUUAAGUCUUCACCUGCCGGCCCCUCUCUGUCUGUUGUUUUACUCCUUCAUUUUUAACCCUUUUCUUGUACCUUAAUGUGCCCCCUUGUUCAUUUACCCUUACUGGGCCCCCUUUUCUUGUACCCUUAAUAUGCCCCCUUUUCUUCGCCCCUUAAUAUGCCCCCCAUCCCCCCAAUUUCCCCCCUAAUUAACCCUCUUUUUCCCCUUUUUUCCACUUAAUGUUCCCCCUUUUUUGUCCCUUGAUUUUCCCCCUUUCCCCCCUAGUUUCUCCUCUUUUAUUUUGCCACUUGAUGUUCCCCCCUUUUUUUUUAUUAAUCCCCCCUGUUUCUUUUUCCCCUUAAUAUGCCCGCUCUUUUUUGCCCCCCAUUUUCCCCUUUAUAUUUCCCCUUUGUUUUACCCCCUAAUUUCCCCCUUAAUGUUCCCCCUUUGUUUUACCCCCUAAUUUCCCCCUUAAUGUUUUCCCCUUUGUUUUACCCCCUAAUUUCCCCCUUAAUGUUCCCCCUUUGUUUUACCCCCUAAUUUCCCCCUUAAUGUUUCCCCUUUGUUUUACCCCCUAAUUUCCCCCUUAAUGUUCCCCCAUUGUUUUACCCCCUAAUUUCCCCCUUAAUGUUCCCCCUUUGUUUUACCCCCUAAUUUCCCCCUUAAUGUUCCCCCUUUGUUUUACCCCCUAAUUUCCCCCUUAAUGUUUCCCCUUUGUUUUACCCCCUAAUUUCCCCCUUAAUGUUCCCCCUUUGUUUUACCCCCUAAUUUCCCCCUUAAUGUUCCCCCUUUGUUUUACCCCCUAAUUUCCCCCUUAAUGUUCCCCCUUUGUUUUACCCCCUAAUUUCCCCCUUAAUGUUCCCCCUUUGUUUUACCCCCUAAUUUCCCCCUUAAUGUUCCCCCUUUGUUUUACCCCCUAAUUUCCCCCUAAUGUUUCCCCUUUGUUUUACCCCCUAAUUUCCCCCUUAAUGUUCCCCCCGGACUUUGCUGGUCCCUCAAGCGUUCUUAGUUUUUUAGUUCCUAGUGUGUCUCAUGUUUAAGUUUGGCAUGAAAGUUGGACUGCGAUCUUCUGACAUCAUAAACAUCCAAGAUGUUGGCGUCCAAUCACGUGUUGCAAUCUUCAUCUUUAACAUUUGCUUUCAUCAAACGCCGUUUCAAAAAAAAAGUGUAUUUGUGUCGCCAGGACUUGCGCUCACAACUUCCUGCUCCUUGGAAACUUAAAUCCUCUGCGGGCGUUCUUGGUUUGUUCCAAAGUGGUUUAGCCACUAAAAUGUCAUAAUAAUUUAUUUCUGUGUUGACCAACUUGUGAAGAAUAAAAAUGGCCACUGUUUGAGAAAAA